UGCUCCAUCGAGGAGGAGAGCGUUCAGUUCCAAAAAUGUUGUCGUCUUGGUUGUUUUCUUGUUUUUGUUUCGUCACCUUUUUUGCAAUUGAAGGGCAGUCAUUUCAUCGACAGCCGAAGCAUUUACACCCAGAACUCGACCCUUUUGAUGGAACUGAUGACAGCGUAGCUCUACAACAAGAAGAAACAGCUGUUGUCCAUGGUCCACCAGUGCAUUUCUGGGAUUCCGACGAUGAAGAUGUGGAAGAAUACGGCACGUUUGACGUUGAAUCGUUUCGCAGUCAUCCUCUGUACGAUCCUUGGAGCAAAGCUUCGAGAUACAUGAACGAUAAACUGAGAUUCAUCACCAAAUAUAUUCCUCUCACACCUGGGCCAACCGGACCACCGGGACCCACUGGUCCAACCGGUCCUGCUGGACCAACAGGAGCGACAGGACCCCAGGGGCCGACAGGACCACCAGGACCAAUAGGAGCCACAGGUGCUCCGGGAGCCAACGGGAUGAACGGACUUAACGGAGGCAACGGCGCGCCUGGUAUAACCGGGACAUCUGGGACUAAUGGGCCAGCUGGAAACCCAGGUGAUAGCGCAAUGCCUGGUACACCGGGUACUCCUGGAGCGGGUGGUGCGGGUGGUUCAUCUUCUUCAUCUGCCAGCGGAGGCGGAGGUGGUGGUGGUGGCGGUGCAGAGGGUCGUCAAACAGGACGUACUAGAGGAUCAGAUGGAAUUCGUUCCUUAGAUCCAGUCGGACCACCGUACGAUGUACAAGACCAAAGGCAACGUACUAAACGAGAAGGAGCUUCACUAGCUGCAUACCGGAAGAAUUCCCAAUUGGAGCCGUGGUACAAAGCCUCGAGAUACGUUAGUGAGAAAUUGAGGUUCAUUAAACAAUACAUCUCAAUCACACCUGGACCAACAGGGCCUGAGGGACCUACUGGACCCACUGGACCCACUGGACCCACUGGUCCCAUGGGGCCAACUGGGCCAACGGGACUAGGCGGCGAUGUUGGUGACCCUGGAACGACGGGAGCGAUUGGGUUAAAUGGUCAAGCGGGCCAAGCUGGUGUGGCCGGGGUGGAUGGAGUAGAUGGAGCCAACGGUGUUCCUGGUGUGGACGGAACCGAUGGAGUGGUCGGCGUAGACGGGAUUGAUGGGGGUGCAGGUGGGGGUGGUAGUUCUUCUUCUUCAUCUGCCGGGGGUGGCGGAGGAGGUGGCGGCGGAGGAGGUCGAUCUUUCGAUUCCUAUCCUUUGGUGCCAGACGGCCCACUAGGUCCUCCAUCUCCCUACGACGACGAUCCUUAUGGUCCAAUCGACCGAUUACUUGAACGAGGGGAAAGAGCUCUGGUUGAUUUAUUUCACCAACAUCCUGCAUUGGAUCCUUGGUACAAAGCAGGAAGAUAUGUUGUCAAGAAACUUAGAUUCUACCAAACUUAUUUCCCACUCACGGGACCAACGGGUCCUAUCGGGCCGACUGGGCCGACUGGCCCGACAGGGCCACCAGGGCCUACCGGACCUACUGGAUUGAUUGGUGCGACAGGUCCUAAAGGCCCGACCGGCCCGACAGGACCCAGCGGAAAUGACGGCAUUCCCGGCGUGCCUGGUGUCAACGGAGCUAACGGAGCUAACGCGGCGCCCGGAGUGCCCGGCCCGAAUGGUGUCCCCGGCUUUCCCGGUGUCCCUGGAGCAUCUGGGGUGCCAGGAUAGAUGGCGGCGGAUCUUCUUCGUCGUCUUCUGGUGGCGGCGGAGGUGGUGGCGGUAGCCGUGCUCUUCACGGUUCCUCUAGUUCAAAAGAUUCCGGAAAACAAAUAAACGGUCCUCCGGGUCUAUCCUCACGCCGACCAGCAACCGCAUAAUUGAUUCAUUUCCUUCUUAAUUUAUUCUUUGCAAUAGAUUUUAGAUUUUUCUCAAA